AUGGGACUGAAAAAGGACCUCCUACUUGUGCUCACCAUCGAGUCUGUCGUUCUAGGAGUAGUCAUUGGCUUUGUGAUUCGUCCUUUCAAUCCCAGCAAUGAUACAAUUAGUCUGAUCGGUUUUCCGGGUGAAAUCUUCAUGCAGAUCGUUGAGAUGAUGAUUCUACCGCUCAUUAUCUCUUCUGUGAUAUCAGCUCUGGCACAAGUUCGAGCGCGGGAUGCACGAAGAAUCGGCAUUGUCACAGUCAUUUACUACAUGAUCACUACGUUCCUGUCCACGUUCACAGGAAUCAUCCUGGUCUCCUCCAUCCAUCCCGGAGAUCCUGCUCUCAUUCACUCACUCGGUGAGGGAACCCUGGAGAACACAGCACUUUCCACUUUGGACACGUUUCUUGAUCAAAUCAGGAAUAUGUUCCCAGAGAACAUUAUACAGGCAACGUUCCAGCAAGUUCAAACCUACUAUGUACCGAUUAAGCCUAGGGUCCAACGUAUGAAUGGGACCGCUAAUGUUACGGAAGUAAUUCUGCAAAAACCUCAGUUGACCUACACUAACGAAAUGAAUGUUUUGGGUUUGAUUGUGUUCUGCAGUGGAUUCGGUGUUAUUCUAAGUAUUCUUGGAGAUCAAGCAAGGCUAAUGAUCAACUUCUUUAUCGUACUUGAUGCUAUUAUCAUGAGAUGGAUUUCGGCACUAAUGUGGUGUUAUCCAAUUGGAAUCCUAUCUCUGGUUUGCAAGAACAUAGUCGACAUUGAUAAUCUGACAGAAACUGCACAAGCUCUUGCAAUGUACGUAGUGACCGUAAUUUGCGGCUUAAUGAUCCAUUCGUUACUCACACUUCCGUUAUUGUAUUUCGUGGUGACUAGAAAAAGUCCAUUCGCCUAUAUGACUGGAAUGCUUCAGGCGUUGGCUACUGCUUUCGGGACUGCUUCCAGCGGAGCCACAUUACCUGUCACUUUUCGAGCUUUGGAAGAAAAUUUGAAGAUCGACAGGAGAGUUACUCGUUUCGUUCUUCCCCUUGGUGCGACCAUUACUAUGGAUGGAACCGCUCUUUACGAGGCAGUUGCCGUCAUCUUUAUUGCUCAACUUCACAAUAUCAAACUUACACUCCUGGAAUUAUUGACAAUUAGUGUAACCACUACCGUAGCAUCAAUUGGAUCCGGUUCCGUGCCGGCUGGUCUCGACACGAUUGUAAUCGUUUUGACCACUGUUGGUCUUCCGGCAAAGGAUCUCAGUUUGCUGCUUACUGUCGACUGGUUGCUUGAUCGCAUCCGUACCUCCGUGAAUGUAUUGGGUGAUGGUUUUGGUGCAGGAAUUAUCCAUCAUUUGACUAAGGAUAGCCUAGUAGAAGCGGAUACCGAUGAACUCAUUCGGCAAAUCAGAGAAGACAUUCAUCACCUAAAUAAUCCUGCUCUUAGCAAUCAACCAAUUACAAGCAAUCACGCCAGUGCUCAAAAUACAGUACACAGUCAUACAGCGAUACCAAUGCAGCUAAUGGAAAUGGAUGGAAAUGGUGCUGACAAGGAGAAACCAACAUCCAGAACGCAACGAGCAUCAUUUGUACAAGAAGAGUCAAAAGCGCUAUUAGCAGGAGAAUUUACUGUUUAA